AUGGCAUUUUCGGUAAAGAAGCGCACCAACCACCGGCUAAAUGAGAUUGAAAAGCUUCAAGGACCGAUAGAAUUUCUGCCCAACAGCUAUGGAGAUCGAUUUAUUCCCCGUCGUUACGCUCUGUCGCGGUCGAGUCGCUUUAAGGCGGAAAGUAAACCUGAACAAAAAGUUGAUCCAAUGGUGAUGAAGGACAUGCCGGGUUACUGGCGAACACACCACUAUUCAUCCGUGCUGAAGGAUGUAUUCGGGCUGGUCUCGAACAACGAUACUAUUUUGUCAUUUAGCGAUAGCACUACUCGCCAGGUGUGUAGUCACCUCUCCAUGAAGCGGAGGUUGAAAUGUGUCGUUCGUCCGACGUACAGCAACAUCCAGCGACUGGACUGGAGCUGUCACCCGCGCACGAAACCUAUUGGAUUCAUAGAGGCAGUGCAUGAUCUGCCUAAUAUCAAGACGUACUAUCACAAGAUCAUCGACUGGUCGGUCGCUGGACAGAUAGCGGCAAUCUUCAGCAAGAAGCUUGUGAUCUGGACACCCAACACGGAUGUGAUCAUAGGGCUGCGGGCACAGUACACGACAUCCAUUGCAUUCAACCCAGCCGGCGAUCGGUUAGCAAUGGCAAUCUUUAUGAUGAACCGACCCUGGCUCGACAUCCUGAACGUCGAGGCGAAUGCUAUCGGGAGCCAUGUCGCGCUGAAAAUGCUCGAUCCUUUGGAACACCCGGUCAGCUGUCUUACCUGGGACGGAAGCGGUCAAAAUGUGGUGUGCGGGUUCGGUAACGGUCAGAUCUCAAUCGUACCGAUACACACCAAGAACCCGUGCAACGAUGCGCGCAACAACAACUAUUGCGUCCACAAGGCUUUGAUUAUCGCGAUCAAGUUUUCCUGCGGGUCCAAGUACAUGGCCACCGCGGAUGAUCUUGGCCAGCUGUACAUCUGGUACUGGAACGGUGGUCACCUUACGCCGAUUACGUGUUGGGCCAGCUCGAUGUGUGCCUUCUUCGACUGGCAUCCGUGGCGUGAGGAUGAGAUUGUUAUCGCCGACAGCGAACCGAUCAUGAUCGCACUGUACCACGUACCGAGCCGCGAGGUGGUGUCGUACUAUCGACGGCAGGACUGCGAUUGUAUCGUGACGACGCUUUCGUUCAAUAAGAUUUCCGGCGAGCUGGUCGUGUGCUAUUCCUUCACGGAUAUGAACAAGCAGCCCGAAAUACUUGUGCUCGCCUCGAUGGACCGUGUGGUGGAUGUGAUGCGCAAUCACGAUGACGCCAUCGUACACCUCCUGUGGAGCCCGGAUGGAAAACAGCUCGCGAGUGUUGGAUAUGAUGAAACGCUCACGAUUUGGAACUUCUUUGGCAUCUCACCGACGAACGAGUGCAAGAGAAGGAAACGGCAAUGCGAAGCGAUGGCCAGUAGCAGUAGCUCACGGGGUGGAUCCGUUGUCGGUGGGCUAGCAGGUGGUCGGGAUGUAUCGCGCAUCCACUCGAACCGUAACAAAGAAGCCACCUAUCGCGAUCUGGCCUCGAGUUUUCUUUUCAAGGCAAUGCGCUGA